CUGUGCCGCAGAUCGAGUGUGCGGCGAACCUGGCGCGCACGCUGGCGGCGCUGGCGGAGCUGUCGGCGGAACCGCGGCUGCAUGAGACGCUCGCCGACUGCGCCGAGUCACUACUGAAGCGGGAGUGGUUCUCUGCGGACGGCGCGCGCGAGUCGGGCGCCGCGUACGGCGGCCGGGUGUCCGCCCUGCUGCAGCUGGUACUGGCUCCCGCCGACGGACGCCUGCUGGAGCGGCUCGAGAGGCUGGCACAGACGGCGCUGGCCGAGCUGCUGGACUCGACCGGACGGGAGCCGGCCUCAGAGACCUACCCGACGCUGGCCAAAUCGACAUUCGGCCACUACUACCGCGUCAUGUUCGCCGCCCUGGUGGAGGCGAUCCGCGGCGUGGUGUCGGCCGGCGGCUCGGAGCGCGGGCGACUCGACCGGUGGGCGGCGGCUCUGCGCGUCUUCAACCAGAUGGUCGGCUGCCUGCGAGUGUUCAGCAGUCGGAGCGCCGUGGGAGUCUGUUUGAAGCACUCUCGGCGGCUGGUCGACCUGUUUGUGCGCCACGCCAUCCCCAUGCUGGAGCUCAUGCUGAAGCACCAGCGUGACGAGGUGCUUACCAUUCUGAAGAACUUCCAGCUGAGCGCCCGGUACUUGCACCACGUGUGCAACCACUCCAAGAGUCUGAAGGACGCCAGUCUGAUGAACCACGUGCCCUACUUGAAGAAGGGUCUGGAGUCGUUUGUGUUCCGAGUCAAGGCCAUGCUGGCACUGAAUGGCUGCUCGGAUGCCUUCUGGAUGGGCAACCUGAAGAACCGCGACCUACGCGGCGAGGAGAUUUUCUCCCAGCGCUCUGAGCCGGACGACUCUACCGAGGCUGCCGAGUCUGAGGGCGAGGGCGCCGCCGACUCGGACCUCGACCUGGACGCGGCCGACGAGCGCUCCUCGCCCUCGCCCGCCUCUCCCGGGCGAGCGGCCGACGGAGAGGAGAAGCCCGAAUCGGAGAUAAGUGACGCCUACUGAGCAGUGGACGGGAACGGUCGCAGGUAGGCGACAGUGGGGGCAAUGAGCGGGCAACAGUUGAGCAUCGAGCGGGGAAUGGCCGAGCAACGAUCAGGGCCAGCGUCCGGGGAAUGCUUGGGCAAUACUCGGGAUGGAGUAGACACCGAACGGUGAAUGGUCGGGCAACGGUCGGCCGAAGCUGGAGGAUUGAGCGACCCUCGAGCGAGCGAUGGUCGGCAAGUCAGUUCUGAAUGCGGGGUGAUAAUCUGUGUACAGUGAGGAUUACUGACACGGAAGUGUUUUGUGCGUCUGCUUGUUUCAUCUGAGCAUUUGUAUCAUAGAAGCAUUGCUAUGUACUUCUUAUACAUACAUUCUUAUUUCCA